CAGCCAAUCCGCUGCCGGCGGCGUCGGGUGCGCUCGGCCUCACCCGCGGCCCUCCUUCCCGGCGCCCGCUCGCCGCUCGCUCACUCCGCUGCCGCCGCCGCCGCCGCCGCCGCCGCAGCUGCCGCACCUCCGUUGCUGACUCGAGACCCUGCCUGGUAUUCCUGCUGAGCUGAGCUGUCAUUUCCCGUGGGUGACCCCGGAAGAUGGCAGAAGCUCACCAAGCUGUGGCCUUCCAGUUCACGGUCACUCCCGACGGGAUUGACCUACGGCUGAGCCAUGAAGCCCUUAAACAGAUCUACCUCUCUGGACUUCACUCCUGGAAGAAGAAGUUCAUCAGAUUCAAGAACGGCAUCAUCACUGGCGUGUUUCCAGCGAGCCCCUCCAGUUGGCUUAUCGUGGUGGUGGGCGUGAUGACAACGAUGUACGCCAAGAUCGACCCCUCGUUAGGAAUAAUUGCAAAAAUCAAUCGGACCCUGGAAAGGACUGACUGCAUGUCCAGCCAGACGAAGAACGUGGUCAGCGGCGUGCUGUUCGGCACCGGGCUGUGGGUGGCCCUCAUCGUCACCAUGCGCUUCUCCCUGAAAGUGCUGCUGUCAUACCACGGGUGGAUGUUCGCUGAGCAUGGCAAGAUGAGUCGUGCCACCAAGAUCUGGAUGGGUAUGGUCAAGCUCUUUUCAGGCCGAAAGCCCAUGUUGUACAGCUUCCAGACGUCACUGCCUCGCCUGCCGGUCCCGGCUGUCAAAGACACUGUGAACAGGUAUCUAGAAUCUGUGAGGCCUCUCAUGAAAGAAGAGGACUUCAAACGGAUGACGGCCCUUGCUCACGAUUUUGCUGUCAGUCUUGGACCAAGAUUACAGUGGUAUCUGAAGUUGAAAUCCUGGUGGGCUACAAAUUACGUGAGCGACUGGUGGGAGGAGUACAUCUACCUCCGGGGACGAGGGCCACUCAUGGUGAACAGCAACUACUACGCGAUGGAUCUGCUGUAUGUUCUUCCAACUCACAUUCAGGCAGCAAGAGCGGGCAACGCCAUCCAUGCCAUCCUGCUGUACAGGCGCAAACUGGACCGGGAGGAAAUCAAACCAAUUUGUCUUUUGGGAUCCACGAUUCCACUCUGCUCGGCUCAGUGGGAGCGGAUGUUUAAUACUUCCCGGAUCCCAGGAGAGGAGACAGACACCAUCCAGCACAUGAGAGACAGCAAGCACAUCGUCGUGUACCAUCGAGGGCGCUACUUCAAGGUCUGGCUCUACCACGAUGGACGGCUGCUGAAGCCCCGGGAGAUAGAGCAGCAGAUGCAGAGGAUCUUGGACGACACCUCGGAGCCUCAGCCCGGGGAGGCCAGGCUGGCGGCCCUCACCGCAGGAGACAGAGUUCCCUGGGCCAGGUGUCGCCAGGCCUAUUUUGGGCGUGGGAAAAAUAAGCAGUCUCUUGAUGCUGUGGAGAAAGCAGCGUUCUUCGUGACAUUAGAUGAAACUGAGCAAGGAUACAGAAGGGAAGACCCAGAUACAUCAAUGGACAGCUAUGCCAAGUCUCUACUGCACGGCCGGUGUUACGACAGGUGGUUUGACAAGUCCAUCACGUUUGUUGUCUUCAAAAACGGGAAGAUGGGCAUGAACGCAGAGCACUCCUGGGCAGACGCGCCAAUCGUCGGGCACCUUUGGGAGUACGUCCUGUCCACUGACAGCCUCCAGAUGGGCUAUGCGGAGGAUGGGCACUGCAAAGGUGACACCAAUCCGAACAUUCCCUACCCCACCAGGCUGCAGUGGGACAUCCCAGGGGAAUGUCAAGAGGUUAUAGAGACCUCCCUGAACACCGCAAACCUUCUGGCAAACGAUGUGGAUUUCCAUUCCUUCCCAUUCGAAGCCUUUGGUAAAGGAAUCAUCAAGAAAUGUCGCACCAGCCCGGACGCCUUUGUGCAGCUGGCCCUCCAGCUGGCGCACUACAAGGACAUGGGCAAGUUUUGCCUCACAUACGAAGCCUCCAUGACCCGGCUCUUCCGAGAGGGGAGGACGGAGACGGUGCGCUCCUGCACCACUGAGUCGUGUGACUUCGUGCGGGCCAUGGUGGACCCAGCCCAGACGGUGGAACAGAGGCUGAAAUUGUUCAAGUUGGCAUCUGAGAAGCAUCAGCUGAUGUAUCGCCUUGCCAUGACUGGCUCUGGGAUCGAUCGUCACCUCUUCUGCCUUUAUGUGGUGUCUAAAUAUCUCGCUGUGGAGUCCCCUUUCCUCAAGGAAGUUUUAUCUGAGCCUUGGAGAUUAUCAACAAGCCAGACCCCUCAGCAGCAAGUGGAGCUGUUUGACUUGGAGAGGAACCCGGAGUACGUGUCUAGCGGAGGGGGCUUUGGACCGGUUGCUGACGACGGCUAUGGUGUGUCAUACAUCCUUGUGGGAGAGAACCUCAUCAAUUUCCACAUUUCCUCCAAGUUCUCUUGCCCUGAGACGGAUUCUCAUCGCUUUGGAAAGCACCUGAGAGAAGCAAUGACUGACAUCAUCACUUUGUUCAGGCUCGGUUCUAAUUCCAAAAAGUAAUUCCACUGGAGCUGCUGUGAAGGAAGACAGGCUCCUCUGAUACAAACCAAAUGAAAAGUAGGCAUUAUCCUGAUCCUAGUUCGGGAUGAAAAAUUGCUCUUACGAAAACUCAGAAGCUUUCCUUCCAGAAAAGUUGGGUGUUUUUGUUUUCCUAGAACAGAGUCUUGACCCUGUGAAGCGCAACCCCACUACUUCCAGAUCACCCUCCCUUGGGGGACAUUUGAUAAAGGCUCCCCUGAGGUCUUCACAUCGGCUGCUGUUUAUAAAGAGAUUAAAUCUUGCUGGGUUAAUUAAGGAAUUAGUAGGGUGGUGGCUUCAUACACAUUGGAAAUGGAAACAGUGCACUUUCUCAGCGGCAACUGAAAGCCUACUAUUGAAGGGCAUUUAGCGUCAUCCAGGCAGUGUAAGCCUGCGUUGUGUCAAAAGACAAAUGUGUUGUCCAAGCUGGUGGUGUCUGCAGUCGUAGCUAACACAUCUGGAAUGCACUAACCAAAAUGACAUGCUUUGGAGACCUGCUCUUGUCCCCAUGGGUGACUGUCCCUGUCCGGUCCAGUACCCUGUGUUUGCCUCUCCACAUUCGAAGCAAGCAGGAAGCAGCGCCUUUAGUUUCACUGACCUUGUAUGUCUUCGUGUCUUCACAACCCAGUGCCUUAAAAAUGACAGGCCCUAAAUGUAAAGGAGAUGGAGUGAAAGAUGUAUUUUGUGGCGUCUUUGGGUGGAACUGUGGGUAUACUGUUCCCUUCACAAUUGACCAAGUAUGGAUAACCCUCAGUAAGCGUUUGCUCCACCCCACCAGACCCUCCCCAUUCAGAAGGACCUGUUCCUUCCUAGGGCAGCUGGGCUGGACUCCCCCCUCCCCACCCCCGACAUCGUCAUCAUAAGCAACAAAAGAAAUAACAGGCAUGUGU